AUGAAGAAGAGAUUUGUUCCUAAUCACUAUGGAAGAGAUCUACACCAGAAGUUGAGAAGGCUUUCUCAAGGAUCUAAGAGUGUAGAGGACUAUCACCAGGAGAUGGAAACACUCAUGUUGAAAGCUGACUUAGAAGAAGAAGUAGAAGCUACUAUGGCUAGAUUCCAAGGAGGUCUUAACAGAGAUAUACAAGAUAGGUUGGAGCUACAAGAGUAUGAGGACAUGGAUGAACUGCUACAUAAGGCUAUUUUGAUUGAGCAGCAGAACAAGAGGAAGAGCUCUACCCGGUCUUCAUACACUCCUGCCUCAAAACCGGCCUACUCCAAGGAAGAUAAGCCAGGGGAUAAGUCCAAAGAAGGGUCUUCUUCAGUGGAGAACAAGAGAGAUGACAAGGGUAAAGGAGUAGCCACACCUACUAAGACCAGGAACAUUAAGUGUUUCAAGUGUCAUGGCUUUGGUCACUAUGCUAAUGAGUGCACCAACAAGAAGGUGAUGACUAUCUUAGCCGACGGGGAGGUGAUAUCUGAAGAGGAGGACGCCGGCCAAGAGUCUGAUGAGGAAGGCGUGGAGUACCCUGUCCGUGGAGAGCUAUUAGUCACCAGGAGACUUCUCAAUGCUCAACCUAAACCCAAAGAAGAUGAGCAAAGGGAAAACUUGUUUCACACCAGAUGCUUGAUUCAAGAAAAGGUUUGUAGCUUGAUCAUUGAUGGAGGAAGUUGUACUAAUGUAGCAAGUGCUGAGUUGGUGGAGAAGUUGGGUCUUCAAGUGUUCAAGCAUCCUAAGCCAUAUCUGUUGCAAUGGAUCAAUGAUGAGGGAGGAUUAAAGAUCACCAAGCAAGUGAAGGUAUUGCUAUCAGUGGGAAAGUACCAGGAUGAGAUCACUUGUGAUGUAGCACCCCUGGAAGCUAGCCACAUCCUUCUUGGACGUCCAUGGCAGUAUGAUAAGAGAUCAGUACAUGAUGGCUUUACCAACAGAUACACUUUUAUCCAUAAGGAGAAACAAGUUACCCUGGCGCCAAUGACCCCUCAGGAGGUACACCAGGAUCAGAUGCAUCUCAAAAUGAAGAGAGGAGAGUCCAAGGCCGCCAGCAAAUCCUUGCUUCUUGAAGAGACCAGCCAGGUAAGUAAACUCAACCUCUUUGCUACUGCUAAAGAUAUCAAAACUGCUGUGAUUGAACAAUCAAAUUUGAUACUAGUAGUUUACAAAGAAUUGUUGAGCUCUACUACUAACCCUGCUCCUGAGAUUCCAGAGGAGAUUGAGUGUCUUUUGCAGGAGUAUAGAGAUGUGUUCCCAGAGGACAAUCCCAUAGGUCUGCCGCCUAUUAGGGGAAUAGAGCACCAGAUUGACUUUGUACCAGGAGCUACUUUACCAAACCGUCCAGCAUACAGGACCAACCCUGUGGAGACUAAGGAGCUUCAGAAACAAGUCAAUGAGCUAAUGGAGAAGGGACAUAUCAGGGAGAGUAUGAGUCCUUGUGCUGUGAAGGCUAUCAGGGAGUGGCCGAUUCCUAAAUCUAUUGGAGAGGUCAGAAGUUUUCAUGGACUUGCUGGCUUCUACCGGAGGUUUGUGAGAGAUUUCAGUACAGUUGCAGCACCCCUGACUGAAGUAGUCAAGAAGAGUGUAGGUUUCACUUGGGGACCAGCACAAGAAGAGGCAUUUCAAAUGCUAAAAGAGAAGUUAACAAGUGCUCCCUUACUUGCACUUCCUGACUUUUCUAAGACUUUUGAAAUUGAAUGUGAUGCAUCUGGAUUUGAACACAUCAAAUCUUGCUAUGCUAAUGAUCCUGAGUUUAAAGAUGUGUUUAGAGAAUCUGAGAAACAUGCUAGUGGAAAAUUCUAUCAAGGAAGCUCACGCAGGAGGGCUGAUGGGACACUUUGGGGUCGCCAAAACACUCUCCACCUUGCAGGAGCACUUCUACUGGCCGAGUAUGAAGAAAGAAGUGGAGCGUGUGUGCUCAAGGUCAGGAAGAACAUUGAGGAGAGGACCAAGAUGUAUGAGAGGCAGAAGAACAAGGGGCGCAAGGAGCUAGUACUUGAACCGGUGAUCUUGUGUGGAUUCACAUGA